AUGGACCCCCGUAACAUAGAAAAGCAGCGACAACCUGAGGAGCCGCGCUAUCUGAGCUUCCGUCAUCUUCCUGAUGGCACGAUGAGAGAUGGCAAACCCGCACUCAACAAGUUCUCUUCAACCCUUACCAAUGGCCACGAUUUCCCUGGAGCUCAGGCUAUGCUUUACGCCGCUGGCGUUCCCAACAGAGAUGCCAUGAAAAACAGUCCACAGGUCGGAAUCGCCAGCGUGUGGUGGGAGGGAAACCCUUGCAACAUGCAUUUGUUGGAUCUGGGUAAAGAAAUCAAGGCAAAUGUACAGAAGGAUGGGAUGAUCGCAUGGCAGUACAACACCAUAGGUGUAUCGGAUGGUAUCACAAUGGGUGGAGAGGGUAUGCGGUUCUCUCUACAGACUCGAGAGAUUAUCGCAGACAGCAUUGAAACCGUAACAUGUGCUCAACAUCACGACGCCUGUAUUGCAAUUCCUGGUUGCGACAAGAACAUGCCCGGUGUUAUCAUGGCUUUCGCACGACACAACCGGCCAUCGAUCAUGGUUUAUGGAGGUUCGAUCAAACCUGGGUAUAGCGAUACCCUGCGCAAGACGAUCAACAUUAGCUCGUGUUACGAAUCCCAUGGUGCAUACAUCUAUAAGAACCUGAAAGACGCAGAAAACAAGCACACCCCGGACGAGAUCAUGGAAGAUAUUGAGAAACAUGCUUGUCCCGGCGCGGGUGCUUGCGGCGGCAUGUACACGGCCAAUACAAUGAGUACAUCCAUCGAAGCCAUGGGUCUUUCUCUACCAAACAGCUCUACGACGCCUGCAGAAUCGCCCGCAAAGAUGCGAGAAUGUGCCAAAGCCGCUGCGGCCAUCCGCGUCUGCAUGGAGAAAGAUAUCACCCCUCGCAAACUCCUCACCAAAGAGUCCUUCGAGAACGCCCUAGUGAUUAUGAUGGCUCUUGGAGGUUCCACCAACGCCGUACUUCACCUCCUCGCAAUGGCCGGUACAGCCGGUGUCCCCUUGACACUGGACGACUUCCAGCGCGUCUCGGAUAAGAUCCCCUUCCUCGCCGACCUCGCCCCGUCAGGAAAAUACCUAGUCGCUGACCUCUUCGACAUCGGCGGCAUGCCCUCCGUCAUGAAAUUCCUCGUCGCCGCCGGCCUCCUCAACGGCAACAUCCCCACCGUAACCGGCAAAACCCUCGCCGAAAACAUCGACCCCUACCCGUCCCUCCCCCCCGACCAAGUCAUAAUCCGGCCCCUCACCAACCCCAUAAAACCCACCGGCCACAUCGAGAUCCUACGCGGCAACCUCGCCCCCUCCGGCGCGGUCGCCAAGAUCACGGGAAAAGAAGGCCUCAUCUUCCGCGGCAAAGCCCUCGUCUUCAACAAAGAGCACGAGCUCGACGCCGCGCUCAACGCAGGCCAGAUCCCGCACGGCGAGAACCUCGUCCUCGUCGUGCGGUACGAGGGCCCCAAAGGCGGGCCUGGCAUGCCCGAGCAGCUCAAAGCCUCGGCCGCGAUCAUGGGCGCGAAACUCACGAACGUGGCGCUCAUUACUGACGGACGGUACAGCGGCGCGAGUCACGGGUUCAUCGUGGGGCAUAUAUGUCCUGAGGCGGCGGUUGGGGGGCCGAUUGCGGCGGUGAGGAAUGGGGAUACGAUUACGAUUGAUGCGGAGAAUAAUAGGAUUGAUAUGGAUGUUAGCGAUGAGGAGAUUCUGGAGAGGUUGAAGGUGUGGGAGCAGCCGAGGAGUGCGGUGACGAGGGGCGUGUUGGCGAAGUAUGCGAGGCUGGUGGGCGAUGCGAGUCACGGUGCUAUGACGGAUCUGUUCUGA